GAACUUCUGUUCAACGAGGUGGUAAUCAUGAGAGACUACCAUCACGAGAAUGUGGUCGACAUGUACAACAGUUAUCUGGUCAGUGAUGAACUCUGGGUAGUGAUGGAGUUCCUGGAGGGCGGAGCCUUGACUGACAUCGUCACUAACACCAGGAUGAAUGAGGAGCAGAUCGCCACCGUCUGUCUGUCGGUGCUGAAGGCGCUGUCUUACCUGCACACGCAGGGCGUCAUACACCGAGACAUCAAGAGCGACUCCAUCCUGCUCACCAGCGACGGAAGGAUCAAGCUCUCGGAUUUCGGCUUCUGUGCUCAAGUGUCUAAAGAGGUUCCCAAGAGGAAGUCUCUGGUGGGAACGCCGUACUGGAUGGCGCCGGAGGUCAUCUCCAGGCUGCCCUACGGCACUGAGGUGGACAUCUGGUCUCUGGGCAUCAUGGUGAUCGAGAUGGUGGACGGAGAGCCACCGUACUUCAACGAGCCGCCACUGCAGGCCAUGAGACGGAUACGAGACAACCUGCCGCCGCGACUCAAGGAGUCGCACAAGGUGUCGUCGGUUCUGCGGGCGCUCCUGGAGCUGAUGCUGGUGCGAGAGCCGUCGCAGCGGGCCUCGGCGCUGGAACUGCUGCAGCACUCGUUCCUGAAGCUGUCGGGCCCGCCGGCCUGCAUCAUUCCUCUGAUGCGCCACUACCGCCACCGCUGAGCGCUCAGAGUCAGAGCGUUUCAUCCACAACCAGACUGACGUCUUCUCACGCUAACUAUGAAGAUAUAUUUUAGAGCAAUUGUAAGUUUUACUUGUACAGUUUUGAUAAAUGGCAGUAUUUUUGUUGUGACGUCACCAUGGUGAAAUGGGCAGUAUUACCUAGAACUGAGAGUUUCUGCAAAAUAACAAUAACUAAUAAUAAUAAACUUUCCUACUGUUUAUAUUUCGUUUUUUUUGAAGAUGGCUGUUGCAGACAGAUGAAGCCCAAUAUAUUUAUUUAUUCUACGUUUGUAGGUCGCGCCAGAGUUUUCUACGCUGGUUUCGUUCUGGUUUUCAGUAGUGUGGCCUUCUCACGCUCACUCUCUAGCAAUAUUCGGCACAAUCCUCGCGUGUUUUCUCGUGGCGUCUCACCCGUGUCUCCUGGCUCACUGCGAUCUGGAAAUGUGUUUCUGUAGGACUCUUCAGAUCUGCUGUCGCGUGGCUUUUGUACGGUGAUCCUGCAUGUGUGUCACUAAGAGCUGCUUUCAAUAAAAAACCUCA